GAGCUUAUUGCUCAUACUACAAGAAACAUAUUUAAAGAUGAUGGAUGUAUCCAGAGAAGAACUAAAGCAAAUAAUUCUUGGGAGAAUUAGGCAGGAUCCAUUAGCUGCUGAUUUGCGCUGGAGUUUCUUUUUAUCAGCACUUCAAAGUUACCGCUGCGAUUCUGUUUUGCGCCCCUUUCCACCUCGAUAUAUUGAUGAUGACGGAGAAAAACGAACAGAUACUUUGAAGGCUGUAGCAGAUGAGAUUCCAGGAAUUUUUCAGCUGUCUGCAGAAAUCAAUUACAUCUCUGAUGAAGCCCUUGAACUGCUUGCCUGGGCACUGGAUAAUUCAUUAUUCCAGAUUUUGACGCUAAAUAAGUCAGAGUUUAGAAAUAUCCAGAUGAAAACUGGCCAUGUCACAUCAGUGCCAGAACCCAGUUUUGUGUUUGAGGUGCUGCAUGGGCAGACACCAGAACAGAAGUUUGAAUCACUGCUGAAUGGUCGAAAACUUAUGUAUGCUUAUCAUGGUAGCCGCAUUGAAAACUUUCACUCAAUCCUUCACAGUGGUCUUGCCAACCAUAUGAACAAAGUAUCCCUGUUUGGUAAAGGCAUCUAUCUGUCUAGUGAGCUAGCAGUGUCUUUGAUGUACAGCCCUGGGGGGCAGGGCUGGUCAGAGAGUCAGCUGGGACCCAAUCUGGGAUGUGUCGCUGUUUGCCAGCUCAUUGAUGAUCCUAGUGUCAAAUGCACUGUGAAGGAAGAUGACAUGACAGAGCCAUCAACUUCAAAGAAUCGAGCUCGAGCAUCAGAAAGCCAGGCUGGCGAUGUACCAGAAAGAUAUUAUGUGGUGGAGAACAAUGAAAUGGUUAGGAUAAAGUACUUGCUGGUAUACUGUGAGCCAACCACGACACAUCGAGAAAGAUCCUUGCAUGCAGUUCCUUGGUAUCGGAGGAACAGGUUUGCAGUGUUGAUGACCUUGUAUUUAUGUGUUCUUCUUGUUAUAGGAUUAUGGAGCUCAAGGACUUUCUCUGUUUUUCUCAGAAAAUUCCUUUACUCUGUAGGGUUUUCAUGACAAUUUAGGCUGUCUCACACACACAAUCAUUAGUUAUCAUACAAGUUGGCUUUGCACUCACAUGCACAAAGACACACAAAUACCUGUCAUUAUAUUUCAAAAUACAACCUUCGUUUUUGUUAAAGUUUGAGCAGCAGUGAUGCUAGGUUUAGGAAGUAUGUCCUAUUCAGGUAAUCUCAAAUUUGUUUUUUAAAAAAAAAUACAAAAGGAAUUAUUGCAGCAUUUUCUUUGGUCAUCUGAACAUUUAGAAGCAGCAUUAAAAACACAAGAAAAAAUGAAUAUUGCAUUGUGUCAUUAUCAUUUUGUUUUGAAAUGGUUGUCUCUACUUGCCGCCAUAUCUAAAAAGAAGGAAACAAUACAGAAAGAGCCAUAUGCACAGGAAUUAAUCAUUCAGGUUUCUUUGUACCCUGAUGCAUUCUUUUUGAUAAAUGAGAGUUCUAUCCUGCUUCCUGGCAAGUUGAGGGGAUGGGCUGUCCUUGAUUUUAUUUAUAUUUUUUGGUCUUGCUUCAAUUUGGAUAAAAGUGUUGGACCUUCAUGUUUACAUGUGCUUCUGCUGCGUUUUUGUUUUCCUCUUCUGGUUUGCAACAGGACUGUGUAUAAUGUAUAUAAUGUUAUUUUUAAGCGCAAACUGUUUGGAUCUAUUGGCUUGAUGCCACUCCGCCUACUUCACUUGCUUCAGCAGCGACCUUAAGCUGCAGUGAAUAAACUGAAGUGAUGGUCACCCUCUUGCAGUUUCAUAUGUUAACAUUUCUUCCAAUUCUGAAGAUUACUCAAUAUCUUCCCAGUAUUCUCCUAAUUUCACUAAUCUUUUUCUCUGGAGUCGUUACCGUUAAAUUUAUAGUCAUCGCCCUUUACUGCCAGAAAGCAGCGAUUCCUCAUAUUGGUCUUCGUUCUACAUUUUUUUUUGUUUUUUUGUUCUAAAUCUUUGUUACUAUUUUGUGAUCUUGUUCAGCCCAGAAUCCGCCUUUGGCUGAGUUAUUGCGCUUUAUAAAUUCCCACUUGUCAUUAAAUUUUUGUUAUGAAAAUAUAAGGUUAUGUAAAUUUUCAUUAAAUUCUAAUAAAUAAGUUUAUAGUGGUAGCUAAAUUCAUGUUUUCAUUGUACUAGUUAUUUUUAGCUUCUGGCAUUCUUGUCUUAACAAUGUUUUGUAACGAUUUUACACAUCAGUUUACAAUCUUUUCAUAUACUUUGAAAAGUUUAAUUCUGAAAAUAUACUUUGAAAAGUUUAAUUUUGAGAAUAUACUUUGAAAAGUUUAAUUCUUAAAAUGAUAUUAAAAGAAUGUCAGGUUAUUUAUUUUUAUAUUUCCUUUUCUGGGUGGAAUUAUGUACAAGGAUACAGCAACACAUUAUGGCUACAUUUGUGGUUGAGUUGAUGAUUCUUAUUUUGAGAGUAUUUGCAUGUAGGUAUCCAUGUGUGAGAGAGAUUGUUUCAUUAUUUCAUUUUUUUUUAAAGUUGUUGCCAUUUUUUACAGCAUAGAUUUGGAGUGGUACAUUAAUUUAAGCCUUGAAAUUUUUUUAUUUUUACUGUUACUGCUACAGUUGACAUUUUAAAUGUCCAUAUAAUUUUUUUUAAAAAGAGAAUUUAUGCAUAAAAAAUGAGAGCAAUUUCAGAGAUACAGAAGCAGUGAUAACUUCCAAAGGUUUUACGAGUUGCAAUGGUGAAUUGGGAUUUGUCAGAAAGUCAGAUUUUAUCCUUAGUUCCUUUUAUUUAACAAUACAACAGUGAUGUCAUCUCAAAAUAACUGACAUUCUUGCUGUCUUUUGGCGGAUAAUUUUGUGAUCAUAUUUUCUAUAUAAAGCAAAUGGUGGGAUCCCACCAAACGUUUUGAUGUUUGCUCACGAUGGCACCAGACAUUUCAAAACCAUUGUGUUAAUAUGAUUUCUUUAUUCCACAAUUCAAUCUUUUCUUAAAUUUUAAAGCCUCAAUUAUACUGUGAUCAUGAAUACUUUAAAUGAUUUAUGUAUGACAUACUAAACACUUCAGUUUGGCCAGUCCAAGUGCUUGAUGCAGGAUGAAAAACUGUUCCACAGAAAUAGGCUCAUGGUAAAAUUAUGAAAAUGUGCAUAUCUGUACAGGUCUAUCCAUAGCCAAACAUAGCAGAUGUGUGUGUGCACUAGCUUUCACGUAUCUGUACAUGCAGCAGCCACUGAGCACCAAUUUGCUUAAAUCACAAGUACAUGCUUUUGCACAUAUAUUUUUUUAUGCUAAAGCAUAAAUUUCCAGUCUUAUGCCAAAAAGUUCCUUUUUGAUUAAAAUGGGUACUUUGCUGGUAAUUAUGCAAUUAAAAUUACUAAAGCUACUUGAUGGUAAUUUCUUAGUGCUGAAAAGGUAGCACUGACUGUAAAUUAUCCAAGCACUUUGAACAUCCAGCUACCAGGAUACUACUGGGGGACAGUUCUGGAAAUUUCCAUAGUAAAGUCUAUACUUCUUGCCAUCCAUAUAAUUAGUGGCAGAUUUGUCUUAAUUUUACAAAAUCAUUAGACUCAUUUCCAAAUGUUAAUCACCGAGUACAAUUUUAAAUAUUUUUUUACAUCAGUUUUGGAAGUGAACUCUUUUCUUUUUAUUAUCUGUGUUCAUCUGUGAUGUAUCCAUUUUUGUUUGAAUACACAACCUAUGUAAUGAUAGUCCAGAAUUCUGGUGUAUAAUUAAGUCUCCUUUUAUUUGAUUUAAAUUUGAGAACGAUUAGAUAGUGCUGCGUGUCACAAUUUCAUACACUACAAUGUCAUU